AUGGCACUAGACUUCAAGUGUUCCGAUGUGGGAGCUUGGAAGGAGGCUUUGUCUUCCUACGACUCCCGAAUCGAGUCCCUGAACAAACCAGACCUCGUCUCUCUCGAUCAUUUUUACCGCCUCGACCUCCCUUCUCUUCUUCACGGCCGAGACCCUAACCCUUACCUCACCACCUCCGAGCUUUCUCAACUCAUGAAGUGGAAGCUUUCCCGCGGAAAAUGGCGGCCUCGUCUGCUCGGUUUCGUGUCGUCGCUGGAGGAUUCAGUGGUGAAAUCUGCUUCUGAAAAGGCUUUCAAAUCGCUCCCCGACAUCUCCAAGGCCGUGAAAGAGCUCACCGUGCUUAAGGGCGUUGGUCCGGCCACCGCCUCCGCCGUUCUAGCUGCUUACGCCCCCGACAUUGCUCCCUUUAUGUCCGACGAGGCAAUGGAGGUGGCUCUUGGGAGCUCAAAGGAUUACUCUUUGAAGCAAUACUUGCUUUUCGCGACUAAGCUUCAGGAAAAAGCAAAGGAAUUGAAGUCGAAGGGAGAGUGGGGAGGGGCUUCGGACAUUGAGAGAGCUCUAUGGAGUUGUACUGUGCGUAUUAAGUCACAGCCAGAGAAGACCUCUUCAGGGAAGAAAAGAAAACGGUAA